UACUAACAAAUCGCACCGACUCGAUUUGAUUUGUGAAUUUGGUAAGAAAAAUCGAAGAAUAGUCAAAAAAACUGAAAACUGUACGCACCGAGGCCGAAAACAUCGCUAGCGAUAAAGCUCCCAGUAGAUGCGAAAAAAAAACUCCACCAUCCGACCGGACAAACUACCGGAACAGUUCCAGCGCCGAACGAGGUGAAAACUGGGCAGAAACAACCAUACAUUCACAUCAUCAACAGCAGGAGCAGUACUUUGGCAAAAAAAACAUCACUAGUGCAGUGCCUCAAUCAUGAUUCCGACCACACAACCAGUCACAACAUCCCGACCGAAUGCUGGAGGAAGAGACCAACACCACAGCAGCAGCCACCAGGAGUCAGUUUUUUUUCACCCACGGUGGAAGCGCACCAUUUGGCCAGAUAAACUACAAUGAAUGGCCAUAACAGUAUCGCAAAAUAAGCGUAUCAAGGCCGACAACAACGCGAGAGGUGAUGCUCGACAAAAUACAAAAGAUGCAAGGCAAGGACAAACGCCAUUACCCCGCCGGGCAAAUAUCGGAGAAGUUCCAGCGCCAAAUAUGGUUAACAAUGGGUCGCGUGGAAGCGGCGUUGGUCCCCCCACAUCAACAGCAGCAGCAGUGGACUCUGGCGUAAGAAAACAUCCAACAGCCGUCACUGAUCGUAUCACCAACACCACCCCCAGCCCGAGCACCGAGGCUGACAAUAACUUACCCGGUGAAGCCCCGUACAAACACAAGAGCAUUUCCGGCGCCAAACAAGGUGAACACUGGGCCGGAACAAUCAGCACCACUUCAUCAACAGCAGCAGAAGUAAACACUACUCUGACGGAAGAAAUAUCGUCCACGAUUGCGACCAAGUCACCAGUCGCUUCCGUUCAGCAGAAGCACCACCAAAUCCAACACCAUAUAUUCACCGGAAGCUUUCCUCUCAUCCCUACCCGCGUAUCGCUGGAAGAGCCUAACUACAAGUACUUGAUUUUUCUUCUCCCAUGGCAAUCGUCCCCAUGGCCCGGUCAAGAUCCGUUUGUCGGAGGUCAGAAACGGAAGAAUCCAUUUUUCAGAAAUUACGAUCCUGCUCAGUAAGACCACUUCCAAAGAAGUGAUGGCCAUUGAUUCUACAAUUGCGAACGAACUUUUUGAGCCAAGUUCAACUACCACCGAAGCCCAGUAUAAAUUUUACCAUCGAAAGAAAGUUUGACGUCUUAAUUCCGUUUCAUCGGAAUCAAGAAUUCGUCGGCUAGUCUAACGUUUCCCUUGGUGCGAGAUUCUAUCAAAGUACAUUAAACUACAAUACAAAGAUUCUACAAAAGGAACUUGACGGAUACGCAAAUUUGAGGUAGAGUAAACUGGACUGAUGAUGAUUGAGAUUUUAGUCCAAUUUUGCGAUCCUGGUCUUAUGCUAAAGUCGGUGGAAUAUCUGAGGAUGGCAUCGUCAACAACGUUGGAUAAAAUAGGAGAGGAAACUUGGAAUGAAUUUUGAGCACUUAAGUGGUCAAUAAAAUAUUAUUAUUCUUCAAGCCCAGAUGUUUCAU